AUAGCCAAUAACAUGAUUCAUUGGAAGAACCAAGCUAGAGGUUGGGGUCUAUGGUUUUGGUCAUUCCUUAUCGAGGACCGACGCCAUUACAGCUGGUCAGGUGAGAACUACGAGGAGGAAAGAGCGUACAUCACACGAAAGCUAGAGUGUAUGGUCAGUCAUCAGAUAAUUGUCGACCCAGUUCGCUCCACCCUAACGGGGCAUCUCUAUGAAUGCUGUCCUAUAAACACAUCGCUGAAUGCUCGCAGCACAGACCCAAUCUACAGAAGCGAAAGAGUGACGAGAAUAGACUAUGUUGCGGCUCCGGUUGCAAGGAUGUGGGCUCAUAAGUUAGCCCGGGAAUUGGGGGCUGAGCUUGAACUGGUCUGGCCUUUCUAUGUAGUUGAGCUUCCUGCAAAGUCCCUUCGCAUCUAA